AUUCUCAUCAGUAGGACUCACAUACAACACCAUUUGAAGAAAAGAGACGUACACAGAUCAAGAAACGAAGCUAGAGAUAUAGAUCGAGAUGGAGAGCCAGAGGAAGAUGAUGGUCGUUUUUGGGUUAGUCGCGGCUGUGUUUUUACACAGCGUGACAGCGCAGACGGCACAUGUGGUGGGAGGUAGCAUAGGUUGGAUGAUACCACAGAAUGGUGCGCAAGAGUAUGUCACUUGGGCUUCUGGUCAGGAGUUCAUAGUUGGUGAUACCCUAAUUUUCAACUUUGCGACGGACACACACGACGUAGUGCAAGUGCCCAAAGCAUCUUUCGACUCAUGCAGCUCCGCUAACCCAAUAGGCAGCAGCAUCACCACCGGUCCGGCCAACAUCACUCUCACAACCACCGGCGACCACUACUACAUAUGCACUUACGGCCGACACUGCCAGUCCGGCCAGAAGCUCGCCAUCACUGUCUCAGCAUCCGCGACGUCACCCGGAGCCUCCCCUUCAGCACCAACUCCCACGUCCCCAGCGCCACCCACUACCACUACUCCUCCUACCACCCCUUCACCCACAUCUGACGCCCCUUGCCCUCCGAUCCAGGCACCAUCUCCGUCCACCACUACCAUGGGGCCCACAACUAGCAUAACGCCGGGAUCCACCGCUGUGCCACCGAGUUCUUCUAAUUCCCCUGCGGUUGAGGCUGGUCUCGUUUUGUGCUUCUUGUCCCUUGCAAUGGUACUUUUGUUUUAGAUACGUUACAUAUACUGACUAUUAAUUCAUUAUGAUAUUUUGAGAGAUAGAGAGCAGGGUUAUCAUAUUGUUAUUCAAUUUUCAGCGUGAUUAUCAUUUGUGCGCGUGAUUAUCAAUAAAGGAUUUAGUUUUUCUUAAUUUGUUUUCAAACUC